AUGUUAAAAAUCCACCAAAUCAGCUUAGCAAUUGUAAUUGCCGAAUACAUCGCGAUCUGCUUCAGCAACUUUGAGCCUUGGGACAAUAACUACAUCUACCUUUACUGCUCACUUCUAGCGAGUGGCCAUAUCUGGUUUAUGAUUGGGAGGUUAAACAUGUCAAGAACUAAUAGCAAGUUUGACUCAGAUUGGUUUAAACAAGAUUCAAGUUUACUUGAAAACAAGCACGAGGAAUGGUUUCCUCUUGAACCCGUAUAA